CACGCCUUCAGGAGGACGACGAAGAGCCGCGGGGAGAAGACGCAGAAGACCCGCCGAGCACGGAGGACGUAGACCCUCACGAGGAUAAUCGAUACUGUUAUAUUACUCCUCCUGUUCCUCCGUUUUAAACAUGUUUUCAAACGCGUUGCUGUUGGUGCUGGUGUGCGCGCGCGCUGCCGCGGCGGCGCGCAAUAACGUCAGUUCAUUCGGGAGGACCUUCGCCUUCUUCCCCCCGCCGGGCGAACCGCUGGACCUGACCGACCUCGACGCGGAGGAGGCCGCCGCCGAGGCGAACCGCUCCAGAAGCGUCCCGGCGCUCAACGCCACCGGCGCCGCGCGGCCGGAAAUCUCCGAGGAGGCGCUGCAGUUUCUGACGGGCCCCGUGUCCACCCUCCUCAUCCCCUCCUUCUACACGCUGGUGUGCCUGGUCAGCGUGCCCGUCAACCUGUGCGCCGUGCUGGCCUUCGCCCGGAGGAUCCGGCCCAAGAAGCCGUCCGCCAUCUACAUGCUGAACUUGGCGGCGGCCGACCUGCUCUUCGCCUCGCUGCUCCCCUUCAAGAUCUCCUACCACUUCGGCGGGAACCACUGGAUCUUCGGCGCGCUCAUGUGCCGCGUGGUCACCGCGGCCUUCUACUGGAACAUGUACUGCUCCGUCCUGCUCAUCGCGUGCAUCAGCGUGGACCGCUUCCUGGCCGUGGUCUACCCCAUCGCCUCGCUGGCCUGGCGGAGGCCCCGCCACGCCACCCUGGCCUGCGCGACCAUGUGGGCGCUGUCCCUCGCCGGCUCGGUGCCCCUGGUCCUCUCCGAGCAGACCGCCCACCUGCGGCAGCUGGGCGUCACCACCUGCCACGACGUGCAGCGCGCCGACCUGCUGAUCCGCCGCCACAAGGCCUACUUCGUGGCGGUCGGCGUGGCCCUCUUCUUCCUGCCGCUGCUGGUCACCGCCGUGUCCUACGCCCGGGUCAUCUGGACGCUGAGCGGCGUCCCCCGCGGCUUCCCGGGCUGCUCGCGCAGGAGAAGCAGGGCGGUGGUGAUGGCUCUGACCGUGCUGGUGAUCUUCGUGCUGUGCUUCGCGCCCACCAACUGCCUGCUCCUGGCGCACUACCUGCAGUUCCACGAGGGGGUGGAGGAGAGCCGGGAGGCCCCCGACGGCUCCUACGCCGUCUACCUGGUGUUCCUGUGCGUGGGGAGCCUCAACUGCCUCCUGGACCCCUUGGUCUACUACUUCGGGUCCUCCCAGUGCCAGAGGCAGCUGGCCGGCGCGCUGGGGUGCCACAAGGCGGCGGGGGGCAGCGGCAGCGGCGGUCAUUCGGCCUCCAACUCGAGCAGAUCCAGCAGCAGGACGAUCCUGAAGUCCAGCCGUGCGGAGAGCGUCCAAAUAAAGGCGGGGGCCACCGAGGAGGAUUCUCUGCAGGGGAAGCUGAGCAGCCAGUACAGGAAGCUGCUGGUCUGAUGCCACGCAAGCCGAUUCCACCAAAGGCACAAAGGGUUUUUAAUUUAAUUCCACAACGAAGGACGGACCGAAAGUUCAAAUAGAAAAGCCAACUUGGUUCUGAUGGUUUUGAGCUGUUUUCUGUGCAAUGACCGAAGAGGCUUUUGACAAGAAGGAAGUCAGAUAAGAAAGUGCUUCCUGUCCUGUUGAACCUUUCCUAAAAAUACUUACUUAUAAAUACUUUUCUUUCUUAUUUUGCACCAUAGAAGUGUUAAGAGUCUUUAAGCUGUAAGUAUUAUAUUUAAUGGAAGGCUAUUGUGUUUUUUGCUGAGAAGUAUAUGUUUCACAUUUGAGAAGCUGGCAAUAAUUUCUUAUUUUUGUAUUUUUUUUUCUCCUGUUUUUGGUGAAUAACUCUGUUUUCUUAUUGUUGAGACGGUGUUUAAAGCACCAGUGAACAGGUGUGCUUCAUGCCGCUCUCUGCUGGUUGGACGUGUGAAGUCUCACAGGGAGGCUGGUUUCACUGGUUUUGGUUCCUCCUGCAGUGCUACCAUACUGUUAUUAAAAUGGAUCCCGAGGCACCUCCUCUUUCACGGAAUCCAUCCAUUUUAGCAGUCAUGUGACGUGCAACUACUGAACAAAUAAAUACUUUCUGAAUCUUUCAAUGCGUAACCAUA